CUUUUUGUCCCAUUCACUGCCUGCCUGCCACCCUCCCUUCUCUCUGCCGCACCCUGUGGCCUCUCUGCUUUGGACUUGGGGGUUCACCCUGCCUCUAUAAAAGCCCUGUUUGUGCCCCGUGUGAGCUUCAUUCCCCAUCAUGGAAAGUCAGAGAGCCCAGUCCUCGUACAGGAAGCGCUUUGGGCCUCAGGGCUCCGGCAGCACAGGAGUCAGAAUUGGGAGCCUUUCUUCAGGCCGCCUCUCCUGGCAUGGCACCCCACGCAACCUCACCCACUCCAGCCCCAUGUCCCGGAUCUCCUUUGGCUCAACCAACACGGCCCUGCUCCUGGGGAGCCCUGUGGACCGGCUGGACUUCCCAGCUGACUCCCUGAUGAAGGCCCAGUACAAGGAGACACGCACCAAUGAGAAAAUGGAGAUGAUGGGCCUGAAUGACCGUUUUGCCAGCUACAUAGAGAAGGUGCGCCUGUUGGAGCAGCAGAACAAGGUGCUGGUGGCGGAGCUGAACCAGCUGAAGGGGAAGGAGCCCAGCCGGCUGGGAGAAAUCUACCAGGAGGAGCUGAGAGAGCUGCGCAGGCAGGUGGACGGUCUCACUACUGGCAAAGCUCGGCAGGAGAUAGAGAAGGACAACCUGGCUGCAGAUCUGACCAUGCUCAAGCAGAGGUUGCAAGAUGAGAUUGGCCUCCGACAGGAUGCAGAGAACAAUUUGAAUGCCUAUAGACAGGAUGUGGAUGAGGCGUCUCUCAAUCGUGUUCAGUUAGAGAGGAAGAUCGAUGCCCUGCAGGAUGAAAUCAACUUUCUGAAGAAGACUCAUGAAGAGGAGCUGCGUGAGUUACAGGAGCAGAUCAUGGCCCACCAGGUGCAUGUUGACUUGGAUGUAUCCAAACCAGACCUGACUGCUGCUCUAAGGGACAUCAGGGUCCAGUAUGAAACCAUGGCCACCUCAAACAUGCAGGAGACGGAGGACUGGUACCGAUCCAAGUUUGCUGACCUGACAGAUGCAGCCAAUCGAAAUGCAGAAGCCCUGCGUCAGGCCAAACAGGAUGCCAAUGAAUACCGGCGUCAGAUCCAGGUGGUGACCUGCGAUCUCGAGGCUCUCCGCGGAACAAACGAGUCUCUGGAACGCCAGCUCCGGGAGCUUGAGGACCGCUUCGCCAUGGAGACUACUGGUUACCAGGAUACAGUGAGCCAUCUGGAGGAGGACAUCCACGCGCUGAAGGAGGAGAUGGCGAGACACCUGCAGGAGUACCAGGACCUCCUCAACGUCAAGCUGGCCCUGGAUAUCGAGAUUGCCACCUACAGGAAGCUGCUGGAGGGAGAGGAGAGCAGGAUCACCAUUCCGGUUCAGAGCUUUUCCAACCUGCAGUUUAGAGAAACCAAUCUGGACACUAAAACCCCAGAGGCCCACGUGAAGAGGAGCAUCCUGGUCCGAACUGUGGAGACCAGAGAUGGGGAGAUCAUUAAGGAAUCAACAACUGAACAUAAAGAUCUUCCGUAAAGUUCAGUCCUCUGUCAUGAUCUGAGGAUUACUACAAUUUUGUUUUUGUUUCCAAACCCCAAAGCUGCCUCAUCAGUCAUUACAUUAUUUCAUUUUUCUCUCCUUUCAUCAUCACCUGCAUGCUAAUCUGUUUACUGCCCCACAAUCAUGACAUUCCCAUUAAAUACUCCUGGACUCCCUCAUUAGAAUAGAAUGUCUGCCAAAACAUAUAUGUUCAGCUUUUGUACAGCUGUGAGUAGGAUGUAGAUCACUCAUCUUAAAUGGCCUGUAGUCUGUUCCAGUAAAAAGUAAUGGAAAUCACUGGUAACCUGUUUAAUUUUAAUUUAGACUGACAGACCAGAUUUUCUAGCAUUGUUUCAGAUUAGCUGCCUUAGAAGAUGCCUUGAAACGGUUGUGGAGUUUGUGUGGUUAUGUGUAUGUGAAAUGUGGCAAGGGAAGUACAAGAGGGAGUUGUGGUUUUGCUGAUGUCAGAAUUGGAUUUAGGGUAGGAUUGAGAGGUAUGUGUAUGUUAGAGCAGCUUUUGGCAGAACGUCAGGUGAAUUUGGGCUGUUUUCAUUUAACCCUUGCCUGGUGCUAUUUUGCAUUACAUUCCUUUUGUUGUAGCAGCAGCCACCUCUACUCGUGUGUUGCUGCUUAUAUUACCUGCAGGUGUACGAAUAGGGCAUCACUUGUGGCUAAUUAGACGUGUGCUCAGAUUGGAGUUGAGUGGAGCUAUGCUGUGAGUUUGCACAGAUCAUCAAACUCCUGUGUCCAUGUUACUUUUUCACACAACCCUCAACCUCACUAGGUGGCCAAACAACCAAAACUGCUUUUGAUGGGUAAAACUGUAAAACCAGGAGAUGACAAAUGUUGUGUACAACAUACUGGACAGUCAGUGAUCUGUAGACAUUGUGAUUGAGUUUACUGUAUGUUUCUUUGACACCAGGGGAAAACACUAGACAAAGCCCAAAGGUGCUCAAGAGUCAAGCAAGAUCUGUCAGCAAUAUCAAAAUCACGAGGACAUCAGACAAAGACAGCUGACAGGCAAUUGAGAUGAAAUCACUGCACAGUCCAAAAUGAAUUAAAGGUAUGAUCUUUGAUAUAUGAGUUUUGGCAUCAGGAUUCCAGUUAUCUCACGAAAUUGGAGCACCACUUAGCGGUUUGUAUAAAAAACAUUCUGAAUUCUGUUUAAAUCUAUUUGCGCAGUCAUUUGAAUAACAACCUAUUUUAGGUGUGUGUGUUUUUUCCACAUGACUGCACCAACGGCAGAUGCUGAAUGUUUGUAUGCUUUCCACUCAGAGGGCAGUGACCAUGGCAACAUUUACAGUGAUGUCAAUUGCAUACUGUUGCAUACUAAAAAGCUGUCCCAUCAACAGCAAAACUAACAACAGUCAGAGGAGUCUGUAUAAACCUACACAGUCCUGAGGGGAUGUCUAAUGAGCCAAAAUAAACAAGAACAACUUUCCACCAUCACUUUACAUCUGCUCUUCUGCAUCCUUCAUUCAUCGCACACUCAGCUCUUGGUGUCCUCUCUUGAACACAACCUGAUAAGACAUUUUUUGACACCAGGAUGCAUCAGGACAUGUCUACUUGUCCAGCAGGAGUGAUAGGGACAGAGCCAGGUGUGGAGUAGGUGUUCGGAAGAUGAUGAUGUGUCCUCCAGUCUCCAGUUAAUCCACCAACCUCCCUUCUCCAAAUUCACCGGCCAAUUUCUGUAGUGAUUGGCUGAUAGCAGAGAGUGAGACAUCGAGACAAGCCCACACCACCAGAUACCUUUAUUUGUUUUAUUUUGAGAGGGAGUAUACUGGGGUAAAAAGGCAAAGGAGGAUGGGAGGCUGAUUGGAUGGAUGGAUGGAUGGAUGGAUGGAUGGAUGGACGGACGGACGGACGGACGGACGGACGGACGGACGGACGGACGUCACAGCUCAUUUCUGCAAUCCCAGUCUCCUGCUUUGUUGGAAGUCCUGCUGAAUGAAGCCGUGCUGACAGGUCCUGCCACUAAUGAGAGUGGUGCCGAAGCUGGCUGUCUCUGUGCUCGUCACCAAGGACACGCUGUGGAUUUGUAUUCCCAUGUGCCUCACACCUUCUCCCCUGGCUCCACAUCUUCCACUUGUGUCACUCAACCCCUUCUCCUGUUUCUCCCAAUAACAUGCAACCCUCUCUUGUAUUCACUUUGUUUUUGAAUGUCGAUCUUAGAUAGAAUCUCUGACUCCUCGUCUUGUAGCAAAGACACAGAAGAAUCUUGCUUUUUUAUUUGGUAAGACACCUCUGCAGAUGUGAAUGUAACAUUAGUUUUAACCAAUGCUACGCACUAUGAUGUCAUGUUAACAAUAAAACAUUUUAUUUGUUAGA